UAUUCCCACUCAUUUCCCUUCCGAACAACCAAAAAAGCAGUUCACGGGUGUUCUUGAAGCUUUCAACUUGAAUUUUCUUCAAUCUUCCAUGGAGAUGAGUUUCGUGACCUUCAAGUUUCCACAAUCUCUCAGAUCUGUCGAACAAGUCGCCACUAACACGAUCCACACUCCGAUCUGUGCUCCAGUAAGAUCACCACAAACAUCUCGCCGAACUUCAGUUGCAGUGAACGCGAUCGGCGGAGGAUCGGCAAAGUACAAAGGCACACAGAUGAGAGAGAAGAAACUAACGGAGUUAAUUGAGGCAAAAGUCGCUGAAGCGACACAAGUUUGUGAAGCAGAUCGUGAUUCCGACGAGUGUAAGGUAGCGUGGGAUGAAGUGGAAGAGGUUAGUCAGGCGAAAGCAGAUCUACGUCGGAAACUGGAAGAGAAUAAGGAUCCGUUGCAGUCGUUUUGUCAUGAAAAUCCAGAAACGGAUGAGUGUCGGAUCUACGAAGCCUGAAAGUGAAAGCUACCGGCAGGUGAUCGGUGUAUUCUCCGGCGAUAGAUCAAAUUGGAAUCCGAAUAAGUAUUGGUAGUGUGGUAAUUCUUGCUUGUUUGGUAAUAAGUGGAGGACCCCAUUCCAGCUAAGCAUCUGGGAUUCUGGAUAAGGGUUGUGAAAGGUCAAAGGUGUGUUAUUAUAAUUAAGACUUUUAGGGAGUCAUAUAUUUAAUGUUAAAUUAAUAUUUAAUUAUAUUUGUUGUUU